CACCUACCGUACCGCUAGCUGCAAAUCAGUGAAGUCCACUAGUCCACCUACCGCACAUCAAGCAGAGUGUGCUAGAGAGCCAUGGCUAUGGAGGUUCUGUACCCGCUCUUCCUCUGCCUCGCCGUGCUCGCCGGCACGGCAGCCUCCGCCCCACCACACUCGCGGUGCCUCGACAACCCACCAGACUUGACGGCGGCCAGGGUCGAGUCCGGAAAGGUCGUCCAUGACUUCGCCGGCUACAAGGCGUAUGUCACCGGCGCCAUCCACUCCGACCGGGCCGUCGUCCUGGCCUCUGACGUCUUCGGAUUCGAAGCGCCGUUGCUGAGGAAUCGUGUACAGUGUUGCUAUACAAGACGGACAAGUUUAUGGCCGACGCGUGCGGGAUUGUACGUGGAGGCCAGCAGAGAGACUGUAGGGAGGAAGAUAGCAGACAAAGUUGGUGAAGCUGGAUACUAUGUCGUGGUCCCUGAUUUCUUUAAUGGGCAACCUUUAACGGGGACACCAGGUGAAAACCUCACAAAAUGGCUCAAUGAACAUUCUCCGGUAAAAGCUGCUCAAGAUGCCAAACCAAUAUUUGCGACCUUGAGAAAAGAGCAAAAAUUUAGUCUUGGAGUUGGCGGAUACUGUUGGGGUGGAAAGUUCGCAGUGGAGAUAGCGAAAAUGAAUGAGGCGAAGGCAAUUGUCAUCUCCCAUCCUUACUCAGUCAUUGUCGGCGAUAUGAGAGAGGUCAAGUGUCCCAUUGAAAUCCUUGGAGGUGAAAAUGACCCAACUACACCACCAAAGUUCAUAUAUAAGUUCUUGAAUGUCCUUCGUAAAAGAAGUGAUAAGAUACCUUACUUCGGGAAGAUCUUUCCAGGAGUUGCCCAUAGCUUUGCUUGUAGGUACAAUAUCACCAACCCGUUCAAAGUCAAAACCACUGAACAAGCUCUUGCCCUAAUGGUUGGAUGGUUCGAGAAACACCUGAAAUGAUAAAUGCUAACCAUAAAGGUCAGAUUGAUCCGACCUAGUUAGUUUCAUAUCCAUGUAAAAGUUUCCAGCACAAUAUUUAUGUAAUUGCAUAUCCAUACACUCAAUGUACAUGCAGUGACCAUGAUUUGUGAGUCCUUUGUAACCUCCUUUGCAUGUAAUUUAUUUAUGGAAGGUUUAGAGAUUUCAACAUCAUACUAAGAUAUAUAACAUAAUUCACUUUGACAUUCUUUUCUGA